AAGAAGAAGAUGAAGAAACUACAAUGACGUCAUUUAAAUGCGACAGAGAGAGGGCGGUUUGAAAACAUUUCAAACAUCGGUAAGCUACGGGUAAGAAGGCAAAAGGAUCUACUCAAUGUCCGAAAGACAUUUCACCCACAAGUUGUGAAGGACUACCCUACUUUGCUUUCUUAAACACGUUCUAUAAACUUAAACGGACUUGUUGACGGUGGUUAGCAUGCUAGCCGCUGAGCUAGCUUCAACAUCUUCUGCUCAUUGAGUGUACAUUUUCCGGGGAUGGCGAGCGUGCAUGAAAGUCUGUAUUUCAACCCCAUGAUGACGAAUGGGGUGGUUCACGCUAAUGUGUUCGGCAUUAAGGACUGGGUCACCCCGUAUAAAAUCUCCAUUCUGGCGUUGCUGUAUGAGAUGACCGCUUCUAAGAUUUCUCUACCGGAGAGGAGACGACUGAACAAACUAAUCCUACCCCUUCAGCAGGGUCCAGAUCUGACUCUUGGGCAGUUCCUCAAGACAGUGGAGGAGUGUUGUCCUCAGACUGCUUAUGCCGUCAAACUCAGGUUGCAUGAAAUAGCAGAUGGAGAGAUGAAGGACAUGGAGUACUUUUUCUCCACUCUCCCCACGCCGUUCACUGCUUUUGAUUCUGAGGCUUAUAAAACCAGCGUUGUCGGUCUUUUUAUGAGACAUAUGAUCCUUGCAUACAACAAACUGUCCUUCAGUCAAGCAUACAAGCUGUACAAGUUGCUGCAGCACUACUAUCACAGUCACUAUGCCAAGCCUACAGAUGGGCAGAUGGGUCUGAUGGUGCUGAUCGCUGAUGACUCUGAUAUGGACCUCACCAGCACCGAAGACACCAUAGGGGACAGGAUGGACAAAGAAGAGCAGGACACCCCAUUGCAUGAAUCAGAACUUCAAGGUGACAACACUGAAAGCAGAGGGCCUCUGUCUCAAAAACAAGCUGAAUAUUUCCUUGCGAGACAAGCGUAUCUUCUGAAGAAUGAUGAAAACAAAGCCCUAAAACCUGCUGUGCUGCAGGAAGAACUCAACAACAUGCUAAAGUUUAACCCAGAUUUUGCAGAAGCGCACUACCUGAACUACCUGAACAGCAUGAGAGUCCAGGACAUCUUCCUCUCAGCCCACAGUCUCCUACAUUAUUUUGAUCGGCUCAUCCUGUCUGGGAAUGAGGGCAAAAGCAACGGAGACGAGGGCUACGGUCGAAGUCUCCGCUAUGCUGCGCUUAACUUGGCGAGCUUGCACUGCCGCUUUGGCCACUAUCAGCAGGCUGACCUGGCUUUACAGGAAGCAAUCCGCAUCGCCCAGGAGUCCAAUGAUCACGUCUGCCUGCAGCACUGUCUGAGCUGGCUCUACACGCUGGAACGGAUGAAGGGCUCCGACAGCACCGUGCUCAUGGAGGAUUCAGUGAAAAUGGCCGCUCAUUUCUGCCUGCCAUAUUUGGCAUCCCUGGGUAUUCAGUCAUUGGUCCAGCAGGGGGCGACGCAGGGUAAGACAGCCCACAAGCUGAUGGACGCACUGAAGGACACCGACAUCCUGCACUGGAAGCACAGUCUGUCGGAGCUGAUCGAGAUCAGCCUGACUCAGACUACCUCCAUAUGGAGGAUGUACGGAAAAAGCACCAUGGCUCUGCAACAGGCCCAGCUGCUUCUCAACAUGAGUAGUCUGGAGCCCGUCAACUUUGGGGUCCAUCAGAACAACACAGAGGCCUUCGCCGUGGCGCUCUGCCACCUGGCCGAGUUGCACGCUGAGCAGGGCCUGUUCAGUGCUGCUUCAGAGAUUUUUCAUCAUCUGAGAGAGCAGUUUCCUCCUCACACUCCGCAUGCAAAGCUCUGGAUGCUGUGCGAUUUGAAAAUUCAGUUUGACAAACACAUGAAUGAAAGGAAGUACCAUUUGGCUGAGCCACUAGUGAAAGCUAUCUCUGCCCUCGAUAAAACGGAAGGACUCUACAGGAAAGCUCAAGUUCUGAGUGCACUGAACCGCAGCACUGAGGCGUACAACAUCUUACAGCGUCUGCAGGUCCACAGUGAGAAGACCAGAUGCACAGAGAUGAUCAUCAGAGUGAUGCUCUCCGCUGCUGAGCUUCACUGGGAGUCGUCCGGCUUCUCCACAGCUCUUCCUGUCCUGCUGCAGGCCCUGGCUCUGGCCAGACAGCACCACCUUCAGUCUCUGGUCUCAGAAACGGCCCUUCAUCUGGCCGUCACUCAGCUGAUGCUAGGAGUUCCUGAGCAGGCUCUGAGUGUUCUUCAUGAAGCCAUGGAGCCUGUUCUGGCCCACGGAGCUGUCAUAGACAAAGGACGGGCCAUGCUGCUGGCGGCUCGCUGUCAGAUGGCUGUGGCUGGGUUUGGACCUAACCGACAAGGUCACCCAGAUGUGCAGUUGGCCCUUUUGGCUGUCGGCUCUCUAAACGAGGCUGCAGCCUAUUUCUCUAGGCUAAACUGUAAGGAGAGGCUGCGGGAUGUCCACUACCUGCAGGCUCAGCUCUACCGCUCAUUGGGACAAACUCUGGAGAGCAACAAAAGUGCCAUGCUCUUUCGGCUGCUGGAUCAGGAGCUGCAGUCACCAGCACCGCUCGCCUCCAUGCGACUCUAACAGUAAAGACAAACAGGAUGCCCUAUGUCCCAGAACCCCACCCACCCAAAUUCAGGUGGUCUCUCCACAAACUAACUGGAAUGUCACUUUCAUAAAUAUUUUUAUUUGAAGAUGCAAAACUCAGCACAAAGGGCCACAAUGACUGUCACAACACAUGAUACAAACAAGCGGUCAUAAAUAAAAAUAAGUGAGGUAAUUGUUGUGUCCUCUUGUGUGAUUUGAUGCAGAUGGGAUUGCACUAAUUAUAAAAGUGCAACAGAACAAAUUCCUUGUAUGUAAAGCAGGGAAUAUAGGUAUUUGACAAUCAGCAUUUUUAUUAGGAAGGGUAUUUCUAAGUGGGCGAUGGACACAAAAUUCCCACCAGAUGUUGCCAUCAAGCCAAAUAUUGGAUUCAUACAACGAAAUCAUAACAUUUAAGUAGGAAAGUUGAGUCAGGAUACUUAAAGUGAAAGGGGGACCGCAGAGUGUGUUCCCUAGCACAGAGGGAUCACGCGUCUGAGUCCCUGGUAAGGCCUAUUCAGGGGUUCUGGAGAGGAGGGUCCAUCGGAUUGUCGAACCUCAGAUUUGGGAAGAUCAAUGUGGUUUUUUUCCUGGUGUUGGAACACUGGACCAGCUCUAUACCCUUAGAGGAAUCCCGGAGGGUGCGUAGGAGUUCACUCAAUCUGUGUUUUGUGGAUUUGGAGAAAUUGUUCAACUGCAUCCCCGGGGCGGCCUGUGGGGGGUACUCUGGGAGUAUGGGGUACUA